AUGAACAUCCCCGAAAGUGCUGUAAGGCUUCAAAUAGCACAAGUUAAACGUUAUUUUGGCCCGUGCAAGGCGAGACUGGGAUCGACGCCGCCGAGCUGCCACAACAAGUGCAACCAGUGCCACCCGUGCAUGGCGGUCCAGGUGCCCACCAUGCCGGGCCACGAACGCGUCGAACCGGGCCGAGAAAAGCUGGCCGACUAUUUCGACGCCCCGCCGGCGCCGCCGUCCUCCGCCGGGAACAGGUACUCCAAUUAUAAGCCGCUCGGGUGGAAAUGCAGAUGCGGUGGCCAUUUUUACAACCCCUGA